CACCCGCCCGCCCGCCGAGCAGCCGGGCUGGCGCGCUCGGUUUCUGCGCGAAAGCCGGCCGUGUACCUAGGAAUUAACCGGCCGGCGCUGGAGGGGAGGGGUGGGGAGCGGGAAGUGGGGUGUAUGGGGGGGGAUGCUGAGCGCGCGCGAGAACAAUAAUAAGAUCGUGUUUGCGGUCGCUGCCCGAGGAGGAAUUCGGAGGAGGCGCGAGGCCCGGUGCUCGCGCCGCGCCCGGGAGCCCGGGAAGGAGGCCGGCGGCGGCGGCGGCAUGAGGCAGGCGACGCGGAGCCUGUGAGCAGCGCGCGGCGGCGGCGGGGACCUCGGCGCGGGCAAGAGCCGAGCGGCCGGGGGCUCCCCUCCCCCGCUGCCGGGCGGUGAUUUGCCGGGCCUGCUGAGCCCCCCGCCCACCCCCUCGCCUCAGCCGCCGCCUCGACGCUUCCCCUCGUCGGAGCGGCCGCUCGUCCGCCCGCCCGCCCGGCUCGAGGCCCGCGGGGAGCGCGGCGCAGUCCGUCGGCCCGCGGGGGGGCGGCCUCCCGGCAUCUUAGCGGCGCCCAAGGACGACCAGGAAGGGGAGCGGCCGGGAUGGCGCGUCCGCGGCCCCGCGAGUACAAGGCGGGCGACCUGGUCUUCGCCAAGAUGAAGGGCUACCCGCACUGGCCCGCCCGGAUCGAUGAACUCCCAGAGGGAGCUGUGAAGCCUCCAGCCAAUAAGUACCCUAUCUUCUUUUUUGGCACCCAUGAAACUGCUUUUCUAGGUCCCAAAGACCUCUUCCCUUAUAAGGAAUACAAAGACAAGUUUGGAAAAUCAAACAAACGGAAAGGAUUUAAUGAAGGAUUGUGGGAAAUAGAAAAUAACCCAGGAGUAAAGUUUACUGGAUACCAGGCAAUUCAGCAACAGAGCUCUUCAGAAACCGAGGGAGAAGGUGGGAAUACCGCUGACGCAAGCAGUGAGGAAGAAGGCGACAGAGUAGAGGAAGAUGGAAAAGGCAAAAGAAAGAGUGAAAAAGCAGGCUCAAAGCGGAAAAAGUCAUACACUUCAAAGAAAUCCUCUAAACAGUCCCGGAAAUCUCCAGGAGACGAAGAUGACAAGGACUGCAAAGAAGAAGAAAAUAAAAGCAGCUCUGAGGGUGGAGAUGCCGGCAAUGACACAAGAAACACAACUUCAGACUUGCAAAAAACCAGUGAAGGGACCUAACUAUCAUAAUGAAUGCUGCAUACUAAGAAAACCACAAGAAGGUUAUACGUUUGGUUGUCCAAUAUUCUCGGAUUUGAUAUGAACCAACACAUAGUCCUUGUUGUCAUUGCCAGAACCCCAGUUUGUAUGUACAUUAUUCACAUUCCUCUCUGAUGUGUUUGGGGGAAAAAAAAGACAUUUUAGCCUUUUUUAAGGUUAUUGACUUAAUUUCAUGUUAUUUGGUUGCAUGAAGUUGCCCUUAACCACUAAGGAUUAUCAAGAUUUUUGCACAAGCUCAUACAAGUCUAGGAUCCUUUAUCAAGGCAGUUAUGUUCAUCAUUCUUCUGCCUUUUACUCCACCAUCACCAAACACUCAGUUAAAUAUAAAUUAGCAUUUUUUUAAAAGGACCACUCAACAUAAUGCUUAAGGGAUUUCUUCUCUGUGACAGAACCCAGGAACCAAUUCCUAGAUACAUAAUGUUGGCAUAUUGAAGGUGAACUUAAAAUUGUCCUUCAGUUUUGAGGCCAUGUGUAAAGUUGAAUCAUACUGUAAAAUACCUAUUCCGUAUUAGAAAUAGCUAGUUGACAACUUAUACUUCUCAAAACUCAUGUUGUUACGUACACAAACUCAGUUUCUAUAUGUGAAGUUAAGUGAGUCUUUUGUGUUACUCCAAGAUAAAGGCAAUGAUUUAUUUUCUCCCAAUGCCAAUACAAUUUGAGCUAAUCACUCAAGCUGGAUACUUUACAUUUUAAAGCUGGACUCAGCAGUAGCCCUAUGGGAAGUAAGACAAAGCAUUGACUUUUAAAUAUAGACUUUUAAACGAUCUGUUGUUUUCUUUUGGAACUAGAAUUAGAAUAGUUAAUACUCAUCCACAAACCAUUAUUAUGUGUACAUUAUUGUUGCAAUUGUGAUAAUAGAAAAUUUUAUUUAUUUUUAUGCCAACUUAUAUUGUGAGAACACAUUUAGUCAGUUUGGGUUUUAUCAAUCCUGUUAUGCUUGUCCUUGGAACAUCUUUCGCGUAUUCGAGGUUUGUAGUUGAAAAGUUUACUGUAAAAAAAAAAUCAAAAACAAAAAAAUGUAUUGUUUUUACAGAAUAAAUUUAUUGGAAUGUGUACUGGGAGUAAGAGUUGAGGUUGUAAACAACUAAGUUAGUGUAAUUUGGCUUCGUAUAUGUAAUGUGAGGUAUUAAUGUAAUUCAUAUAUUAAAGCAAAAAUUGUUAACAGCAAGCUGAUAAGAGAAUCAAGUGCAGGUGAGGCUUUUUCUUUUUUUAAAACACUCUGGGUUUUAGGGCUUGUAUUUGUUUUUUUUUAACACUGGGGGGUAGGGAGAGGAACUGGCUACAUGACUGCUUGCAUAUCUAUGUUACUUACCAGUUCAGUGGACCCCUAAAUUCACACUGGACAUUAUCCAUGCACUGAUCUAGACCCCGUUUUCUUUUAGGUUUUCUUAUUUUGGUGACGAGCUAGUAAAUAGCAUGAAAGAAAAAAUGUGAGUAGCUCUGAAAGCUUAGGGCUAUUAGUGAUGAUGCUGGUGAUGAUGGGAGUGGUGAUGAUGGCACCUGAGGGCAUAAGAGUAUGGAUCCACUUACCACUCCUGGGCACUGAGGAGGCGGCUGUGUUUUGGGUUUGUUUCUCUCAUUUAGCAAAUACUGAUUUUCCUCUAUUAUACUCGACUCACGCUUCCACAUGAUGAACAGUUCAUUUAAAAGACAGUAGGAAUGCCAAUCCAGUUCUUUGUCCUUACAAGGUACCUUUUAAUUUUGAAUAUUUUAAUUUAAAAUCAAGGAAAUUUAAUUAAUUCAUCAAAAGUCCUCUUCAUCACUCACACUAAAACAUAAGGAGAACGUAGAUGACAUUUCGAAUUGGAACAUAUAACUGACAGAUUUUCAAAACAGAAAAGCUAAAGACCACAGAACUUUUUCUGAAAAAGAAAAUACACAAAAUGUUUCAAAUUUAAUAAGAUUUGUCUUCAUAAAAGGCUAAAAAUAAUUUAUUAAAAAUAUACACAGAAACACAAUAGAAAUAUUUCCAGUCACCAGUAAAAUAAAGGUAAUAAUAAAGUUAUAGAUCCCUUCUUAGCUGUUUAUACUCAAUAAAAAAUUUCAGUGAAAUGGAAAAAAAAAAAUUUUCAGUGAAAGCAGUUUUUGAAACAACAGUGAAUAAUUCACUUUCCUUGGGAAAACACUUUUCAAACAACAUUUUUAAAUGUUCGGAUAAUUUGUCUUUUAUAAUGAGGUUGAUCAUAAAGCAUAUACAUCUUAUAUGCAAAAAUAUUUCUCCAAUCUGUAUUUGCUGGUUUGAAAUUUUUAAUAUGCAUAGGCCAUUUUCACUUUCAAAUAGUUUCCUUUUCAUGUUCAUUAUUAGAGGAGCUAAAUUGUAAUUUUUCACACUUAUAUUUAAUAUAUGCAAACAGAAUAUUGAGAUAGGUGGUUGUUUAUUCACAAAUACCUUGAAAUGUAUCUCUUUAAACAGACUUUCUGAAUAACUUCAACUUUCCUUCAAAAAAAGAUUUACCCACAUAAUUCCUAUGGUACAGAGUACAGAGCAAGAAUUGAUAUAUUCAUAAAUGUUCCUGUACGAGAAGAAUGGGACCACAUAUAGGUACCAAGAUAGCAAAAGUCAGUCAUCUGGAGAGAAAGAACAUAAAACAAUGUUUUUAUUCAACUUUUUCAUCUGCCUUUGUUUUUAUGAAGAAUUCGGGUCUGUAGAUACAGCGAUAGGCCAGGAGCUGGGGAAGAACUCCAUAUGCUAUGUUCAAGGCUAAAAAAAUGAUUUUCGCUUCUUCAGGGACUCUGUAGACAUAAGCAGUUCUAGCAUGAAGAGAAGCACCGAUGUGAGAAAACUGAGCCUGUCAUGUUUGGGGAAAAAACAAGGGGGUGUGGUAAGCAUGAGCUCUGCGUUCAGUUGGACACACAUGCGUUCCUAACGGUCCAUUCAGACCACACUCCUGUGCCCUCAAAACCAGAUUUUCAAACAAUCCAGAAUCCUCAAUAUCUCAUUAAACUUGGGGCCAGUCUUGAUAUAACCAUUCAAAUAAAGUAAGCCGCCUUUAGCAUGUCUUUAUCAGACUAACUGAUUUUUAACCCAUCUAGUGCCCACCCUGCCCAGCCCCAUACCAAACAGUAGUGGCUCAAUUUACAAAAGAAAAAUCUGAAUAAAAUCUGCUUUGUCCUGAUUUGCAUUCUGGAGAUAUCCUAUAUAGGAACUCAGCUGUGGCUCACACAAUGUGUUCUAGUAAAAAUGAAGCAAGUACAGAGAUUAGACAGCUGAAAUAUUUUUAGCAUAGCUAUUUAAAGAGAAGCUCUGAAAACCUCAGCUUCAUUUAUAUCAAUUCUUUCACCUACUCCUUGGAGCAAGAGCUCAAAGCCCUUCAAUUAUGCAUUUUGCUUGUUUUUUUACUUGUAUAUUUGUUUUUCCUUCAACUUAAAAAAUACUAAGGGUUGUUUUGUAAGAUAAGGUGGGGGUACGGAUUUGUUCGCUCUUUUAUAAAAUGGCAAAUGUACACACAGGCAACUUUUUCACAUCAAAUUAUUGAGACGUCCAGCUUGUCAGCAUAAGCUGAAUUUACAAAACAGACAGGCAAGCACUUCCCACUUGUACUUAGAUACCUGCUCAGAACAUACAUCCCAGAACAUGCCAAUUGGCCUUUUUUGAUACUUUUCAUAAGCACAGGUGAAAAUUGUAUUAGAAAAAGGCUUCUGUGAAAGUAUUUCCUCAGGAUCCUUGUAUCAUUACAAAAUGCAGCCCUGGAGUCUUUACUUCAUAUCAUAACUGAAACUCAAGAUAUACGUGAAUAAAAGAUUGGGAAUUUAAAUGUAGUAAGUGGUGACUUAUUAGUUUAUCAGGAUUAGAGCAAAGAGACAAAAGGUAAAAGGACAGAAAUCAUGAGAAUGAAAAUGAAAUAACUUGCUUUAAAUACGUACAAGUUAUCUUACAUUUCCUUCCAUAUGAAAUCAGGUUAUCCUACUAAGUGAUUAACAGAACAAAAGUGUUACUUAGCACUUGAUUUUAUGACAAGAAAAGGACAAGUUUUCAUAAAGCAGUAUGUAUACGGAUGGUAUCAGCAACAGGCAUUUUGACAGGUUACAUUUUUAUAAAAUUCCUGAUACAUCCUGGGGGUGUCUGGUAGCCUUGUUCUUCUCUGGAAAUAGGCAUUAAAUUAGUGUGAGUGGUAUGUUGCCAAGGACAAAGGCCAGUACCGAGGCAGGAAUCAUCUGUCUGGUGGUCUGUGAGCCACUGAGAGGGCUUUAUCCUCAAACACACCGCCCCCAGGGCCGAUGCCCAAACACAACCCACCAAAUACUAAGCACUUCAUCUCUGGGCUGUGAAAACAAAAGAGUUAAGGGCCUUUGAAAGGCUGCCCUGAGGACCUGCUCUUGUGGACAUUCUAAGAACCCCCAACAGGAACUUGGCCCCCAUCACAAUUUUUUUUUCCCAGGGCCAAUUUUGAAUAAAAAUAUUUUUCUGAAUAUAUAAUCAGACUUUUCUUCUGGACCAGGUGCCAUAUUUGACCCCUGACUUUCAGAAAUGUGCAUUUGGUAUCUAUCUUUUCAGACUUAACAUAAAUCUCAAAUCAAACUUGGGGAAAUGCAAAUAACAGUUUAAGAGAAUAAUAUGAGCCGUCAUGCCUACUUGCAUAGGGAACCUGCUUAAAAAGUCUUAAUAUCAAAAAAAAAAAAAAAGUCUUAAUAUCAUAGGCUCUUUUCCUGCACUGACCAGUGCAGUUAAUACCUCAUUUUCACAAACAGCAAACUCAUGGGAACAUUAAAAAAUGAUCAUGUCCUUUAGAUUAGAUUGUAAGCCCACCGGGCAGGUACUGUGUCUGAAUUUUUGUGUGGCACCUCUCACAUUGUUAGAGCUCAAUAAAUGUUCAACAGUAA